CCUGCGAGCCAGGUUGGUUCGGUGCUGUCUGGUUCAGAUUCAGUAUGAAAUUACUAGCAUUGUGAAAAAUAAUUAUUAUUGUAUCAGACUAUGUUUGCGUGUAGGCAAUACCUGUACUAUGUGUUUGUAGGUUCACCUUUAAAGUGAGAUACAAUUAGGAUUAUGGCUCACAGUCCAGCAACGGAGAAGCUUGUUGUUAUGGAGUUAUGUGCCUUGGUUCUCACACUCUUUCCUGUGAGUUCAACACAAGUCUACGACCAGGCCAAGAUGCCAGCAAGGGAGCAGUGCUACUGCCUGCACAAACUGACCUCUGACCUUCGAAGCCCCGUGUCCGCCGAGUUCUAUUUGGAAAAGGGCAAGGAGCGGAUACUGGUGGUCGAGCAGCGAGGCUUGGUCAAGAAGCUGACAAGGGAUGGCGUUGUCCUGGACACCUUCAUGGACAUCCGUGAUCGUGUGGUGACAUCAGAGAGUUACGGAGACAGUCGUGGGCUACUCUCUAUUGUCCUUGACCCUUACUACGACACUUCCAAGAAAGUGUAUGUAUAUUACAUCAGGAAGUUUCUGAAUGAAGACUACGCCUACGUCAGCACGUUCAAGGUCACAGAGAGUGGAAGGGUAGACACGAACUCGGAAGUGUUUCUUCUGAGAAUACACCAACCGUUUGAUGGAGGGAACGGUGGUCCGAUGUUCUUUGGUGAUGAUGGCUACUUGUACAUAGUCACUGGAGAUGGGGGCGAGAAGGACGAUCCCAAGGGAAAUGCACAAAACAAGAACUCAUUUCACGGAAAGGUACUGAGACUCGAUGUGACUAGCGGCCAGCAGGACUUCACAGACAAGGAAUCCGGGACGGCUAAACUUUACGGCAUCCCCGGGACCAACCCUUUUAUCAACAGCACUCUCGCCAGGCCAGAACUAUACGCCCUCGGUAUUAGGAACAUGUGGGGCUGUAGCCAGGACACAGGGAACAAAAAAGGCGGUACUGGACGCAUCUUUUGUGCCGAGACAGGCACAAAUAAAUUUGAUGAGAUCAAUCUGAUAGAAGCAGGGGCGAAUUACGGCUGGAAUGUCAGGCAAGGGACAGCGUGUCAGAUGACCAAUGUGGCAGAGUGUCGUCCCCUUGAAAAUGAAAGGUAUCCAAUCUACGAGUUCCCUCAUAACAAAUCUCAUGCUUUGGUUGGAGGCUAUGUUUAUAGAGGGCGCCUGUUUUCAUAUCUGUACGGGAUCUACACAUUCGCUGACGCCGUUACUGGGAAGACGUAUCUCUUAGAGGAGAAAGAUCAAGGAACGUGGGACAGAAGAGACUGGCUCCAGUGUCAUGUAGACAAAUGUCCGUCAGAUGCCAGGGAAACACCUUUGAAACACAUAUUGGCAUUUGGUCAGGAUUUAAAAAGUGAGCUCUAUUUACUUAUGGCAGACGAAUUUCUUAUUGGCUCAAAAACAGGAAAGAUGUUUGCAUUACUUCCCCUGAAAAGUGAUACAACAGCACCAUCAUGUUACAGCUGUCUGGUGGUAACAGUGGCAAUGGUCUUCUUAUGGGAAAACAUGAACUAGUGAUACAACAGCACCAUCAUGUUACAGCUGUCUGGUGGUAACAGUGGCAAUGGUCUUCUUAUGGGAAAACAUGAACUAGUGAGACAUUCCUGACAAGAAAUAACAACAACAGAAAUUAUUUUUAUUAUUAUUUUCUUUUUUGCUUUUGGUAUGUGUGCUGAAGUAAGAGAGAGAGAGAGAGAGAGAGAAAUAUAGAGAGAGAGACUGUAUGCAUGACUAUUCCCAAUGGUUUUGAGAACAAGUGACAACGUUGCCAACUAUUUUAGAGAACUUGCUUUCUGGCAAUGCGACUGAUCUAACUCGAAUGAUAUUGUUAUCACAAACAGACUUUUUGUACCAACACGUUACUAUUUUUCUCUGAAUGUUUCAUGUACGUAGAUGUAUAUUUACUAAAAUGUUUAUAUUAGAAUGCAAUAAAGUUA